AUGGAUUCCUCCUGGUCUUCCUUAGUGGUGUGUUUGGGAAUGGUGGACCCUCAAUUGCAGCAUUUCAUCAAGGUGGAGACACAGAAGCAGAGUUUUCAGCAGCUGGUUCACCAGAUGACAGAACUUUGUUGGGGAAAGUGCAUGGACAAGACUGGGCCAAAGUUGGGCAGUCGGACUGAGGCAUGUUUUGUGAACUAUGUUGAGCACUUCAUUGAUACAAGCCAGUUCAUCUUAAACCGACUGGAACAGACCUGGAAAGCCAAGGCAGUUUUCUCAGAAAGCCUUUCUGACUGA